CCUAUCUCCUUCCUCUCUGUGCAGGAGAGCCCCUAUGUGAUGCGUAAGGGGAACUACCAGGAGUACCAGAGGAAUGACCAGUACGAAGGCUUCUGUGUGGACAUGUUGAGAGAGCUGGCAGACAUCUUGAAGUGCUCCUUCAGGAUUAAACUGGUGGAUGAUGGGCUGUAUGGAGCGCCUGAACCCAACGGGUCCUGGACCGGCAUGGUGGGAGAGCUCAUCAACAGGAAAGCAGACUUGGCAGUAGCAGGCUUUACCAUCACGUCUGAGAGGGAGAAAGUCAUAGACUUCUCCAAGCCCUUCAUGACGCUAGGAAUCAGCAUCUUGUACAGAGUCCACCUGGGGAGGAAACCGGGGUAUUUCUCCUUCCUGGACCCCUUCUCUCCAGCCGUUUGGCUCUUCAUGCUGCUUGCCUACCUGGCUGUCAGCUGUGUGCUCUUCCUGGCUGCAAGGUUAAGUCCCUAUGAGUGGUACAACCCCCACCCAUGUCUGCAGGGGCACAAGGACAUGCUGGAGAACCAGUACACCCUAGGGAACAGCCUGUGGUUCCCUGUAGGAGGCUUCAUGCAGCAGGGCUCUGAGAUCAUGCCCCGUGCCCUGUCCACACGCUGCGUCUCAGGGGUCUGGUGGAUGUUUACGCUGAUCAUCAUCUCCUCCUACACGGCCAACCUGGCAGCCUUCCUGACCGUCCAGAGGAUGGAGGUGCCCAUCGAGUCUCCUGACGACCUGGCCGACCAGACCAACAUCGAGUAUGGCACUAUCCACGGGGGGAGCACCAUGACUUUCUUCAUGAACUCGCGCUACCAGACAUACCAGCGCAUGUGGAACUACAUGCACUCCAAGCAGCCCAGUGUGUUUGUGAAGAGCACGGAGGAGGGCAUUGCCCGCGUGGUCAACUCUAAAUAUGCCUUCCUCCUGGAGAGCACCAUGAAUGAGUACUACCGCAAACUCAACUGUAACCUCACCCAGAUAGGUGGUCUGCUGGACACCAAGGGCUACGGCAUCGGCAUGCCACUGGGAUCUCCGUUCAGAGAGGAGAUCACUAUGGCCAUCCUGCACCUGCAGGAGAACAACAGGCUGGAGAUCCUGAAGAGGAGGUGGUGGGAGGGAGGACAGUGCCCUAAAGAGGAGGACCACAGAGCCAAGGGUCUGGGCAUGGAGAACAUCGGGGGUAUCUUCGUGGUGUUGAUCAGUGGCCUCAUCAUCGCUGUGUUCGUGGCCAUCAUGGAGUUUGCGUGGUCGACGCGCUGCUCUUCAGAGACAGACGAGGUACGCCCUCACUCCUGCCCUCGCCGACACCACAGACCCAUCCCAGUGUCUGUCUGUCAGGAGAUGCUCACCGAGUUCCGAAACGCUGUCUCCUGUAAGAAGAGUUCCCGUUCCCGUCGUCGCCGCCCCCUGGGCAACUCCGCGGCCCUCCGCCACCCCACCCGCAUCGCCCUGGGGGCCCAGCGGCCACUCCGCCUCGUACGGGAGAUGCGCCUCAGCAACGGCAAGCUCUACAGUGGCUCGGGAUCCCUGACUGGGGGAGCAGGGGGGCCAGGAGGGGGUGUAGGGGCUGGGGGAGGUCCAUCAGACAUGGGCCCUGGGCCUCAGCGACUCCUGGAGGACCCUCUGGGGGCUAACACCACCCCUCCUCACCCGCCCCAGCCUCAGGCCCCCGUGGCGCUCCCUCGCAGCUGCACGCACGUCAGGAUCUGCCAGGAGUGCAGGAGGAUCCAGAGCCUGAGGUCAGGGAUGGGGUCCACAAGGAUCCCCCCCUCAUCUGCACCUCUGCCGCGCCUGCCCCCUCCUCCUCCCCCCUCCUCCUCCAACACAGACAGCGAGGGGGGAGGGGGGUCCAGCCCCCGGCGGCUCCCCCACAGCACCCCUGCACCCUGCCUACCCAUACCACCCCCACAGAGCAGCACCGACACAGACCUUCUGGGGAAGCAGGACUAAGACUGACGAACUAGGAGGGGCUGGAGGGUAUAUGGGGGCAAGUUAAUGGUGACUUAACUGAUGUUUUGAGCUGCUCAGUGACACACUAUUCUCUGACCCUCUGUACAUUGGCCUCCAGGAGGGAACUACAGGGAGAGAAGGAGGGAGAAAGAGAGAGAGAGAAUUAGAGGGAUCAAAGACGUUGUGAGACGUGUGAUGAAGCAAUGGAAAGGAUAUAUUUGCACAGAUACCAAAAGACACACCCAUACAGAAGGAGAAAGAAGGAGAGACUUCCUUUGCUCUCCAGCGCGCUGCCCAGCUGGUUCUGAUGUUAGCCCAGUCUGUUCACAGAACCAUGCUCCACUAUGUUCUGGUUUUGUGGUUUACUUGAAGAUGGCUGCUCGGUUCUUAUCUUGACUUACCAGUGGACCAAUCAGGACUGAGCUACACUGGAUAAAGUAGUCAGGUAACGCACAUAAUUUGAUGCCAGACCUACUGGUUUCUCUGUUGGUCUCUCCCUGUUCUCCCCGCUCUCUCUCUCCAUCUCUCUCUCUCUCUCUCUUUCCCUUUCCAUGGUACCACAGACUCAUCUAGAGCGGCCAGCUCUUCCUCUCUGGACGGUGACCACUGGAGGAGGAGCCCACAUCGAUCCUGGAGGACCUUAAAUCUAUGUAACAUACAACAACAGAAGACUUUUAAACUGACUCUGAGAAUUAUAUGAUUUUCCAGAUUUUUUUGUUGUUGUCUUUGUCGUUUGGUUACCAUUGUUCUAAGUGGAAGUUACAGAAAAAUAAAGACUAUAUAUGUGACUAAUGUGGUGGAUCACGACACACUAUGAAGACAAGACUCCCCUGAGGUUUACUGUGUGGAGGAGGUGUUUUGUCCCUCCGGGGACCCCGUAGCUGCUUUUGAAACGACAUUGAAGAAAGCAGAUUUGGCUGGAAAUUAGUUGUAACAAAGUCAGAUAUGCAUAAUAUAAUUUCUGUGUGUGUGUGUGUGUGUGUGUGUGUGUGUGUGUGUGUGUGUGUGUGUGUGUGUGUGCGUGCGCGGAGAGAUCUGUCCUUACAGCAAGUGAGAGGAACAAAUGAUCAUACCAAGUAUAUGAUAAUCAGAGGCUUUGCGAUGUGAAAUAACUUGUUAUCCUGGAGAAUACUUGCCAAGCCUUUUCUCCUCUUUACCUCUGUUCAUAGCACAGAGAGAGAGGA